GGUCCGGCCCUGCAGUCUCCGCAGCCUGCGUUUCCGGGCGGCCUUCCGAGGCCGGUGCACAAGAUGGCAGUGUGCCGGAGGCGGCCGAGCCUGAGCGCUGAGUUCUAGCGCGGGGCUGGGGCUGGAGACGGUUUGCAUUUACCCACCCACCCAGGUGGCGGGCUGUGGGGGCGGCGCCGCCGGGCCUCUGGGGGUGUGAGGCCCGCUCGGUGCUGUGCCGGUCCCCCGCCUCCCCAGCCCUGUCCCGGGGUGCAGCCUGAGAGCGGUCCGGCCCGGCUGCCCCGCCUAUCCUUGCCCCGGGGCGGCCGCAGUGACUCCCGUUUAGAAUUGACUUUCGCCACGUGAGGGAUCCAUGGCUGCUUUGCAAGCGUCCGGGGAGAGGAUUAACAUCCAGGGGGCAGAGACAGCCAAGGUCGGUGACAUGGAUUCGCUGGGGAGCGACAGGCCGGAGCCGGACAGGCCUCCCCAGCGCUCCCGCAGGCAGAAAUGCGCCUCCUACGUGCUGGCCCUGAGACCCUGGAGCUUCAGCGCCUCGCUCACCCCGGUAGCCCUGGGCAGCGCCUUGGCUUACCGAUCCCAGGGCGUCCUGGAUCCGAGGUUGUUGGUGGGCUGUGCCGUCGCUGUCCUGUCUGUGCACGGGGCCGGCAAUUUGGUCAACACUUACUAUGACUUUUCCAAGGGCAUUGACCACAAGAAAAGCGAUGACAGGACGCUGGUGGACCGCAUCUUGGAGCCCCAGGACGUUGUCCGGUUCGGAGUCUUCCUCUACACCUUGGGCUGCAUCUGCGCCGCUUGCCUGUACUACCUGUCCCCUCUGAAACUGGAGCACUUGGCUCUCAUCUACUUUGGAGGACUGUCUAGCUCUUUUCUCUACACAGGAGGAAUUGGAUUCAAGUAUGUGGCCCUGGGAGACCUCAUCAUCCUCAUCACUUUCGGCCCUCUGGCCGUGAUGUUCGCCUACGCUGUCCAGGUGGGGUCGCUGGCGAUCUUCCCUCUGGUCUAUGCCAUCCCCCUGGCCCUCAGCACUGAGGCCAUUCUCCAUUCCAACAACACCAGGGACAUAGAGUCCGACCGGGAGGCGGGCAUCGUCACGCUGGCCAUCCUCAUCGGCCCCACCUUCUCCUACGUGCUCUACAACACGCUGCUCUUCCUGCCCUACCUGAUCUUCAGCAUCCUGGCCACGCACUGCAGCAUCAGCCUGGCGCUGCCCCUGCUCACCAUCCCCAUGGCCUUCUCCCUUGAGAGGCAGUUCCGCAGCCAGGCCUUCAACAAGCUGCCCCAGAGGACGGCCAAGCUUAACCUCCUGCUGGGGCUUUUCUAUGUGUUUGGCAUCAUCCUGGCCCCCACAGGAAGUCUGCCCAAACUCUGAGGGCACUGGCAGCUCCCUGCAUAACAGCACCCCCCACCCCCGACCCCUAGACUGUGCUGAAGCCGGAGUUCCCGAAGAGGGAAUGUGACUUGGUGGGGUGAGUCGUAAGUAUGGACGUGAAUCCUGCCUUUUUAUAUCAUUAUUAUUAUUAUGUUCUUAAAAAUAACCUGCUUUGUUUUUAUUUUCCCAUUUUAUGGGGAAUCUUGAACCACUCUACAAAACCGGAGGUAAUUGGACACGUGAACCUUGUUUUAUUUAUAAUUUCCACUAGAGGGUGUUGUCAGGUCACUUUAAAGUGGAGGGGACCGGGUUCCUGCUUGUUCCGGGCAGAGCGCUGUAAGGUGUCGUGGAGGAGCUGCCCGAGUUGGCCUCCUGUCCUGAAGGAGCCAUAGCAGCGAGGUGCAGUGUCAUCCUGAUAUCCUGGCCAUGUAGGCAAAAGUUGUAAUUGGUUCUAGGCCCCAUUACCAUGGGCAGCACCUGUCUCUUACGCAGCGCUGGCGUCCUGAAAUAUGCUGCUGGAGACAGAAAGUCCCUCAUUAACAGCCUUGGGCAGCUCUCAGGGUUUUGCCUAAAUUGUGAUUCAGACACAUUCGUCCUUCAUCUCUUUGCCUAUUGGCACAGUUGAAUGUCAGAUCGCCCUGCAGCAAGACGGGGCUGGGCAGAAGAAAAAUCUCACCUUGGAGGCGGCUGAGAAAACCACUUGCUUUUGGGCAGAAAUUAGCAGAGUAGCUAUCUUCCACUUGUAGAAUCUGCCAGCAUGAGGGGAAGGGUUCCUAGCCCUUUCAGUAACUAUCCGGAGCCCUGAAAUUACAGAGGCACUGCUGUCCUCGCAGGCUACUAACAGUCCACAGGGCUUUUCCCUCCCAGCCACUGCUUCUAAUACUCCCCUCUGCCACCCUGCACCUGUGUCCCUCUGUCCUGUCCCCGUGUGUGUUUCCUGCCCUGGAGCCAGCACCUGGGUCAGGGACCCUGCCCCUUUCCACAGAGCCGCAGAGUGGGCCGUACAGAAACCCGGGAAAUGCACAAGCCAGUGGGCGACAGCCCUGCCAGUGGAGGAACCGUCUUCCUCCUUGGAGACCAAGUGCAAUAGGGCUGCGCCCCUCCCUAGGCUGUGGCCUUGUGCAGACAGUGGAGAGCUUCAGUGAGGUCGUACCUGGAGGGGGCACAGCCUCGAGCGUGCUGCUUUUCAUUGGAACUUCUGGGCUCCAGUGGCUCAGUUGCUUUUAGUCCAAGACUGAAAUAGGUGGAGAUGAUCAGAUAGUCAUCCGUGUACUUCUCUGUUACGAUUGGCCAUUCUGGUGGGUGUUUUGAGGUCUUGGCCUACAGAACAUGACGUAAGAACUCAUUGUUAAUCCUUUAAGUAAUCGGGCUAUUUAGGAUUUGGCUCCUUGGGUUAGAAUGGGUCAGUUUAACCUGGGAAAAACGUAUUUGGAAAUUGCAAAAAUUCCUCUAAAUUGGCAUGAUUUGUCUGCCAGACAGUGAGGCUCCGGGAACAGUAUUCAGAGCCCUGAGGCCCAGGAAAGAAGGCCAGACCUCCUCUCCUGCCCUUCUUCUGGCACCAUCUUUAUUUCCUGCCAGGCUAGUGGCACUUUGGUGCUCAUGGGGGUCCUGCCUCAGAGAAGCUGCUCUGGCUCUGCUGGGAGCUGGCCGCUGUCCCGUGAGGCUCACCUGGAGGCUAGGGGGCCUGGCUUCCCGUGUCCACUGACCAGGCCUGCCUCGAGGCUGCUCCUACCAGGAUCUCCAGUCACCUGCCGCACGGGUCCCGUGCAGAUUUUAAUGCAUAUUUUUAUAUCUAAAUUAUUCCCAAAGGCCAUCUUUGGUGCCAGGUUUUAUAUACAGGCCACUGUCAUUUGUAUUAUAUCCCCUGACUUCAUGAAGAUUUGCUGUAGACUUGGUAAUUAAAAAAAAAUCAUCAGUUGUCUGAUCUCCA